AUCAUCAUCAGUGUCCCUCAGAUAUUUUUCUUCCAAAAAUGUCACCACCAAUCAAAUCCUUGUUUCUCUCAUUCCUUCUGAUAUCCACCAUAGUUCAUGAAGUUAAAUCUCAACUUCCACCACCCCAGCCUAAUCAAACAACCAUAGUCUUAUACCUGCAAGAUGUGGCAAAGGGGCCUAGUGCAACAGUGACCCCAGUAAUUGGCAUCAAGGAUAAAGAUUGGUCCUACAACACAUUUGGAACUAUAUUUGUAGUUGAUGACCCUGUCACAUUUGGUUCUAGUCCUAACUCUGCUUUAAUUGGCAGAGCACAAGGCACACUCACAGUGUCUUCAUUGGAUGGUGCUAAUGUGAAUGUAGUGCUGUCAAUUCUGUUCACCAAUUCACAGUACAGUGGCAGCACCAUUGAGAUUCAAGGUGUUAGCCGUCAACAUGAGAGUAGCAGAGAGCUCUCUGUUGUGUCUGGGACAGGGAAAUUUCGGUAUGCAAGGGGGUUUGCAGUGUUGGAGACUCUGUUUUAUGAUGCUCCAACUGGUCGUUCUACCAUUCGAUUGACUAUAACAACAAAUGUACAAUCUUAAUAAGAAAACUAGUAGUGCUUGUUUAUUAUGAAUGAUGUUAAUUCAGCUACAUUAUGUUAUAAUGAAGGAAUAUGUUUACA